AUGAAGAUCUCUGGAAGUAGCACUGCUGCGCUGGCUCUCGCGGGCACGAAGGUAGCAUCCGCUCAGAACCUGUCUUAUGGAGCCGACAACUUCUACCGCAGCGACAUCGUGACGGUGCAGCCUAUCACCUUCCCAACCCAGAACCAGUUCACCGUCGCUGGGAACCUCUUCAUCCGCAACAACGCCAGCCGUCCACUCUCUGCCCCAGCCAUCGUCGUCGGCCACCCCAUGGGCGCAACCAAAGAGCAGAGCGCCAACCUCUACGCCACAAAGCUCGCCGAGCAAGGUUUCGUCGCCAUCUCCAUUGAUGUCUCUUUCUGGGGCGGCAGCGAAGGCGAGCCACGCAACGCCGUCUCUCCAGACCUCUACUCAGAGGCCUUCAGCGCAGCAGUCGAUUACCUCGGCCUCCAAGACUUCGUUGACCGUGAACGUAUCGGUGGUCUGGGCAUCUGCGGUAGCGGCAGCUUCGUCAUCAGCGCUGCCAAGAUUGACCCCCGCCUCAAGGCCAUCGCGACUUCUAGCAUGUACGACAUGGGCUCUGCCGCCCGCAACGGUUUACGCCACGCAGUGAGCCUCGAGCAGCGCAAGGAGAUCAUUGCUGCAGCUGCGGCGCAGCGCUGGGUUGAGGCGGCUGGAGGCGAAACUGAGUACACUGGCGGAACCCCCCACGUGCUGACCAACGCGUCGACGGCGGUUGAUCGUGAGUUCUACGACUUUUAUCGUACCCAGCGCGGCGAAUUUACUCCAGAGGACACGACAGCGAACCUCACUACCCACCCUACUCUUUCCAGCAACACCAAGUUUAUGAACUUUUACCCAUUCAACGACAUCGAGACGAUUUCGCCGCGCCCGUUGUUGUUUGUCUCGGGCGACCAGGCUCACUCCCGCGAGUUCAGUGAGGAUGCCUACGCACGUGCUGCUGAGCCGAAGGAGCUCGUUUGGGUUCCUGGUGCGGGACAUGUUGAUCUCUACGAUCGUGUGGAGCUUAUCCCCUUCGAUAAGCUCACCCAGUUCUUCCAGAAGAACCUGGCUGCCAACGCAACGAGCUUGAGGGCGCAAUAG